AGGCGCAAAUCGAUUUGGUUAGAUAAUUGAGUCUUAAUCUUUGUGACCUCUCUUCCACACUUUGCUUCCAUGUUGAACCCAAUGGUUACAACUAAAACACAGAAAAUGAUUUCAAAUCAAUCCUUCAAAAUUAAAGGGUUCUAAAAUCAGUAGCAGACUCACAGCCAUGUUGUCCCCUUCACUUUAUCUCAUCUGUGUUACGCUUCUUUGCUUACCUUUAGCCAUUCUCUUUACCAUCAACAUCCCCACCACCAUUCAUUCCAUCAACUCCUCCGCUUACCCUUUUAUUUUCCCCUUUCAAUCUCUCUACACCUCCAAUCUUAUCCCUUCUCCCCCGCCGCCGCCGCCUCCGGAGGAUGACGAUUUGCUUUUCCCACUAGCCGCUCUCGUCAAUUCAACCCCAUCGCCAACUCACAAAUUGGCUUUCUUGUUUCUCACUAAUUCCCCUCUCCCUUUUGCUCCUCUUUGGGAAUUGUUCUUUAAGAACAUCCCACCCGAUCUUUACAAUAUUUACAUCCACGCCGACCCGACCCGAGAUUAUGACGUGCCGUUCUCCGGCGUGUUUGCCCACCGGGUCAUCCCUUCUAAACCCACUCAGAGAUUUUCCCCUUCUCUUAGCGCUGCCGCCCGCCGCCUUCUCGCUCACGCGCUGCUUCACGAUUCUUCUAAUUCCAUGUUUGCCCUUCUAUCCCCUUCUUGUAUCCCUCUCCAUUCCUUCAAUUUCACAUACAGAACGCUGUUUCGCUCCAAGAAAAGCUUCAUCGAGGUUCUCAAAAGUGAGAUCGGUGCGUACGACAGAUGGGCGGCGCGUGGGCCGGACGUGAUGCUUCCGGUGGUUAAAUUGGCGGAUUUUCGUAUUGGGUCGCAGUUUUGGGUGCUGAAGCGGCGGCACGCGCGGAUAGUGGCGAGCGAUCAGAGAGUUUGGCCAAAGUUUGAGUUGCCUUGCGUGAGGCGGGACACGUGUUAUCCCGAGGAGAAUUAUUUCCCGACGUUACUCAGCAUGUGGGACCAGAGAGGGCUUGUGCCAGCUACACUUACACACGUGGAUUGGAAUGGGAGUUUCGAUGGCCACCCCCGCACCUACUUGGCAUCUGAAGUCGGACCGAAGUUGAUACGUGGUUUGAGAAUGGCCCGGCCGAGAUACGGCGACGAUGGAAGGAGAAUGAAAAUUAGAAUGAGAAACCGACGGAAUGUGUCGGCUGCAAAAUCUCAUCGUCGACACCCGUUCUUGUUUGCGAGGAAAUUCUCCGCAGCCUCGCUCCAGCGGUUGAUGAACAUAUCCAGUGACUUCAUAUUUCAAGAUUGAUUGAUGAAAGUGUAAUUUACAACAAACACAGGAUUACAUAUAAUUUGUGUACUUUUUUUAUAAAAAAAUUAAUUUGUGAAGUCUUUCUAAGGAAUUUAAGAUC